AAAAUUGAUCCACUGAUUGCCCUGUUUACACUUGGGGGGAUUCAAUCCUCCAGUCUUCCACCCCACUUCAAAAUCUUGUCCAAUUCUUAAACUCUCGCUCGUUACAACAUUCCGUUCGUUAGGGUCGCCAUUCGCAGCUUGAUCUCAAGCGCUCAACUCGGCCGUCAAACUAUCUUAGAUUACAGCUCAACUAAGAAUCCAUGAUCGCCGCUGUCGUCUGCAUUUCCGCCCCAACCGACAAUCAGUAUACAGAGCACCGCUUCUCACCUCCCUCCUCUCAGCUAGCAACCAUGUCGGCCAUCCACUUGGAUCGUAUCGCCAAGCUCACCCCCGAGACGGCACGCGAGAUCAUGCACAAAAUGCAGAAGAGGCUCGCUCUAGCCAACAGGCGAUCAGUGGCUCAAAUCUUGGUGCUGCGCGACGAGCUCAAAGCAAUGGACGAUAAGACACUGGCCAUCCAACGAUCGGCUAACCAAACUUGGGAGUUGCUCAAAGAGCUCAAGGCAAAGAACGAUGCGAGGCUGUACUUGAGCGAUACUCUUGCUGGCCCUGUCAUCGAGCAGAUCAUGCAUAUUCGCAGUACCAAGCCGAUGGAGAAGAUGAUUGUCGUCUCCAACUCGGAUACAUUCCUGGACACGAUCUCUGAGGGGCUUUACCGCGAGUUUACGAGGAGGUGGGUGACCUGCGGCAUCGGCCGUUUCGAUAACUAUUUCGUCGGCAAGGAACAUGCGCAAAAUGUGGUCCGGCGCCUGAACAACCCCUCCGACAAUCUCUGCGUCGUUCUCUUGAGCGCCGUCACCGACGGUUGGUAGGACCUCAGCCUGACCGGGGCGUCCACCAUGAUUCUAUGCGACCCAGUCUGGUCGCAUGAAAUAUACAACAGGCUUGUGGGUACGAUGUAUAGACUGGAACAGACUCGGCCC